AUGUUGGUACCUCAAAAGGGAAGAAAUAGAAGUUACAGAACCCUAAUUCGAAGAACCCACAGCCACAGAAGAAAAGAAGAUUACGGGAAGCUUCAGAAGGAAAGAAGAGGAGAGUUGGACCAAGAAGAAAGAGAACUAAGGAAAAAACUGGAAGAAAAAAAAGAUAAGGAAAGCAAAACUUCAAAGGCCAACAAAGGAGUAGAUGCUGGAAAAUCAUCUAAGAAACAGUCUGGUGUCACUGUGUGUCUUGAAGACUGGAAAGUGUUGGGAGCCGACGACCACCCGACAAUGCCGAUCGCCGGCGUCCUCCAGAAGUGCCGUCGCCGACCAAGACAAGAAUACGGCGCCGGGAAAUCGCACCUCAAACUCAACAUUAAUGGCGAACUAAAAAAAAAUCUCUCUUUCCACCUCAUCACCCCGACAGGGCGGGGCAAGCCGGAAGCGGCGGGAUUUUCAGGCGUCUGCGACACUGAGGGCGCCGGUGACGGUGGCAGUGAUUUUGGACGGGAAAGUUGA